AGUACUUAUGCUGUUGUUUUUUCUUCAGAGAAUCCAUUGAUAUUUAUAAACUUCUUCAAACUAUGAUGUCAAAUCAGGAUUUGCAUUCAUUUUCCUAUAAGUCCUUACAUUCACAUUCAAAGAAGAAGUUAAUUUCUAAAAAUGGGAAAAAACAACUGGACAACAUUCAAGUUGAGAGUGACUUGGAAUUUAUUGAGGAGACUGCUGUAGAAGCUGCAAAAUUGUCAAAUUCAUGGAUAUCUCUAGAAAAUUCCAUGGAAAAGAUUUACAUUGAAGAUAAGCAACAGAAAGGAAAUAAUUCUCUACAAAAGCAGUGCAAAGUCAGUCUGGAGUUGAGUGCCUCUAACACUGACAAUUCAUCUAAAAGUGACUUGUAUAAGCUAGGCUAUGUGAUUCCAGAUAAAGAGACCAUUACUUAUUCAGCUAAUAGUAACAAGUUUGCUAUGGAUUCUGAUGACCCUGGUAUUGUUUUUGUGUCAAGUCAAAGUUAUGAAGACAGUAAACACAGUGACAUUGUUGUAAUUGACUCUGAAUUAAGGCAGCAGUCAUUUCAUGUUGAAAAAUCAUCCCUGUAUCCCAACCUAUCUUCAACUGCAAAUACAACAGAUUCUUUCUGUGAUUUAGCUGCUAUUUCCUCCAGCCCUGAAAAAGAUACUACAUGGAAGCUGGUGCCAAGUGGAGCUCAUGGCUUGUAUUUUGAUGCGUGUAAAAAUUCUACUGAUGAGAAAGCUCACUCCUUGUACCCAUCUUCAUUCUGUGCCAAUGAAAGUCUCCUGUAUCUGCAAAGUGACUCUGACACAAGCCUAGAUGUGCCAUCUAAAUUUAUUGAGAAAAAUAAUGUGAUGCAAGAAAAUGUGAAGUCUGAAGCACCUCAGUCAGAUGUCCGCUACACAGAGAAACCUGUGCCACAACCUCCUCCUGAGAUGGGUUUGCCUGAUUUGACCAAGAAACAGUAUUUUCCCCGCAGUAGUUCAGAAGAAGCUUCUGAUUUGCAAAAUACUGACACUUCUGCCAUUGUGAAGAACAAAGUCCUGGGCUUAUGGAACAAUGUCAAGUAUGCUGGUUGGAAUGUUGGGUUGAACACUAACUUCUCAAGAAGUCAUCCAAUUGUUCUUCUGGGGAGCACUUACUCUGUACAUCCAAUAAAUAAGAAUUUCAAUUUUUCUAGUGACUUGGUUCAUAUUAACCGUCAGAAUUCAGUGAGCUUUCAAGAAGCUUUCCUUACCAUCACAUGGUUGACUUAUCGCACCAAGCUUCCUCCAAUCACCAUCAACUUGAAUGCACAGGAAUCUCAAGAGGUGAAACCACACUCCAAAAUGUCCCCAAAACAUUUGAAACAACAGGUGACGGACCCCGGUACUGCAUCACCUCCACCUGCCGUAGAGCUGACAUCAGACUGCGGUUGGGGCUGCACACUGCGCUGCACACAAAUGAUGCUCUGUCAUGCAAUACAUAAGCAUUUUUUAGGAGAUGACUGGGUGUAUACACCGGAUUCCUCUAGCAUUGCCAUGAAGGUGCACAGUCGUUUAGUGAGGUGGUUUGGUGACGGUAAUGGCGAGGAUGGAGUGUGUCCACUCUCACUGCACCAAAUGCUCCAGUGCGGGUACGACAAGCUGGGCAAGAUGCCAGGUGACUGGUAUUCCCCCAGCAACGCUGCUGCUGCCAUAAGGGAUGCUGUUGAUGCAGGCUCUCAGUACAUGCCUGACCUUGAGCGAAUCACAGUUUAUUCAGUCGCCAACAACAUCAUCUACAUCCAAGACAUCUUGGAGCAAUGUUGGACGCCCUGUAUAUGCAAGAUGGGCAAGAUAGCCGAGUAUGUGAAGCAACAGCCCCCCAAGCAACGCUCGUGCUGUCGCUCUGGCUCUUGCGAUAAUGCCUUACAUUUCUCACUCCGAUCUCAACAACUUGGAAGGCCUGGAAACUCUGCUUCAGCUGAUAUGCUAGCAACUUCUUUCAACGACACUACUGAAGGAUUCCAAAGCUUCGUGCAAGUCGAGUCGCUACCGUGCGAGGUCGGCCCAAUCUACUCAAAUAGACCAACUUUCAAGGGGACUCAUGUAAAUGGGGAUGUUAUUCCCAAUGGCGGCAGGCUGCAUGCGCGCAACUUUUUUGGCCGCAGCUUAAGUGUUGAUGAAUCAGAGAACUACAACACGUCAUUACCUCGGGAACUGUCAGACUCUGGGGGAUCAGAAACAUUCAUGAACGAGUCUUUUUGUGAGCUUGACUACCCAGGCAGCAGUCCACUAGCCGCGACUCCCGCGCCUAUGUAUCCAAAGCCAAGUAUCUCGCAAAAGUUUUUCAGCUCAUAUAUGCCAUUCAAAUUCGGCAGCAAGAAUGCUUCUGGUAAAAGCAAGAGUGAUUACUGUAGCCCUGUCAGCGUGAGCACUACGUGCGGCAAGACACGGCAGGAAUCCUUGCAGUGUGAUACCAUCGAACUUCUCUCUCCCAUACUUGAACAGGAGCGACUAUGCAGCGACUGCCACAGUUGGCGGUCUCUCGUUAUCAUCCUGGCAGUGCGGCUCGGCUGCGACGGCUUCAACAGCAUCUACGAGCCCGUCAUCACGGGGCUGCUCAGACACAGGCUCUGUAUUGGCAUGGUGGGCGGCAAGGCGAAGCGGGCUUUCUACUUCGUCGGUUAUCAAGAGGACCAGCUGUUGUACCUGGACCCACACGUGAGUCAGGACGCUGUGCCGUGCUCGUGGAGCACCGUGCCUGACGUGGCCGCUUACCACUGCGACACGCCGCGCAAGAUGCCCAUCUCGAGGCUGGAACCCUCCGCAACACUCGGCUUCUAUUGCCAUACUAGAGUCGACUUCGCUCAGCUCGUUGUUGAUCUGCACAAGAUGACUACCGUAAGAGAAGGUCGCCUCUCCUACCCAUUGGUUGAAGUGAAAGCUGGCAGUCGACAGCAGCAGGAAUCCAUCUGGGCAGGAGAGCCUUGCAUCCUAACGGACGUGGUCACGCUUGACGCAAUCCCCGACAAUACAAUCAGGAAAAACAACGUUGUUUAUACCGACAGACGUCCGAAUAUUCAAGGCGAACUUAAUUUACGUACUGCAAAAUCCUCUGGUGAUUUUAAAAGUCAUGGUCCUGCGCUCAAUCCCAUACCAAGUGCUGGAAAAAGUGAAGAUUUUCAAAUACUGGAGUAGUAUCUUUCCAGUGCAUCCCUUGUGGCUGGGAGAUGUCUUCUUGUAUGGUGUACUUAUAGAAUACCUCGUUCUCUUCUCUUCAAACAUUUCUAGAUGCAAUAGGUUUUGUUUAAUCGUGGCUUAGCCAAACAGUCGCUUAACACCGGAUACACUGUGAAACAUGUUUGACACCCGUGUUUAUUUAAAUUACUAUAUUUUGUAAUGAAGCACUAUGAUGUUCAGCUGGCUAUAGUCAAAACAUGGACUUGGUCCGAUUGUAAACGAAUUGAAGAGGUAAUUAGUUUAGUGCUUACUCGUGCUACAUUUUAUCGUUUUUUUCAUACAUUAUUGAGAAUAGUAACUAAAUAGUCAUUACUAUAUUUUAUUUUCUUACUAUAAAACUUAAUUUGUGUUUAAAUGUGCAAAAGCAAUUAUUUACUCUAAUAUUAAUGUGAUAUUUUCGCGAAUCCAAACUGACGUUGUGAGUUGCCCCUUCGAAGUAAUGGUGAUCUUGGUGUAUGACAUUUAAUUUGAUUCAUGAAGAGAACAGUAGUGUACAAUAGUCCCUUAACUGGUAUAUUAUACUGUGUUUUAUUUUAGAUUAGUUUAUAAUCACUAACCACAGUAUGGUGAGCACUUUGCGCCUUCGUUAUUCGUUCUCUAGAAAUGAAGCCUUAUUAUUCUUUUAUUCUUUGGUGGAAAAUGAAAUUUCUCAAGAUAUCAUUCCUGUGCAUUGCGAGGUGCAGUUGUAUACAAUAAUCUAAAGCUGCAAUGCAACAUAUAUUGUCCUAAUUCUCAUUGAAAGUAAUUUGUUGAUAAAAUCACAUUACUUCUGAUUGGUAGCGCUUUAUAUAAUUAUUUUGCCUUUGAUAAUCCUUUUUUCUUUUUUAUGUCCAGUAUAAAUUGUAAUUCAAAUGAUAGUGGUCAGUCAACAACACCGUAAUCGCCUGUACUAUUCUAAGUGAAGUUUUCUCGCCAUUUUCACGCGAGUUCUGCGCUCAACAAAAAAAAAAUUAGUUGACCAGUUACCUAUAUCGCGAGCGUGUUUUAUAUACUAAUUUAUUGAUUCGUAAUAUUUUGAAGAAUUUUGUUACAACCCAGGAUUUGUGGAAACUUAUUAUUAAAUUUCAAUUUUAGUUAACAUUCAGCACCUAAACCCACUCCAUCGAAAUCUGUGUAAUUAUUAACCUGAGUCUGACUCAUUUUUGUGUUAGACUUAUUCCAUAUAGAUUAAUGUUAACGAAGCAUAAUGAUUGUAAUGUUUCUAUAGUAUCAAGAUAUAUGAGUAAACAGAACAACCGUAGAGUGCAUGCAGAGUUGUAAUGUUACAUUGCAAUCUGGCAAUUCUCUGACCCAUAUUAUUCUAUAUUUAAUGUUAACCUACCCACUUAUCGCUAUCGCAAGUCUUUCAUCGUAAAAAUAAGGUAAUAUGUGUUUGGUAGUGAACUGUUUAGUCUAGUGUGAAUUUUGUGAUGUCGAAAUUAAUCGAUAAUUUGUUGAUUGUUUUCGAGUGCUGAAAUAAUGAGUGCUGAGUUCGCUGUAACCCCUCGGCGUUCGACGUCACAAAGAGUCAUUCAAAUGCUUGAGUUUUGUGCUGCAAUGCCUGCUACACAGAUUUCUUUAGCCGUGUCUGACCUCUGUCUCAGUCCUGUGGCAAAGCAAAUGUAGCCAGGUUGGAAUAAGUAGGCAGGCCUUUUUGGUACGUUAUGCCUGACCUGCUAGUGGCUGACUUACGCAAGACAGAAUGCGCUACUCAUUUAUAAUGGAUUAGUUUAUAUUCUUCUCGCUUUUGCCUUAUUGUUUUCUGUUCUGCCUUAAUGUUACUAAGCAAUUCUUUCACUUUUAUUUAUUACUAUUGCUAAUAGAUGCUAAGCUGCAUCUAGUUCUCCAGAAUCAACGCGCUGGUCAUUAGAACUCGAGACUUUGCGCCAUUUGUUGGUGAGGAACUUGCUGACAGGAUAGCAUUGAGAUGCGUUUUUUGAAAGCGUGCAUCAGUAAUAACAAAUUGCUUCUCUCUGUAAAAAAAAUGAGUGGGUAUACGCAGAUACGGCAUGUACGAUUUGAUCAAUUUGCUGGUUUUACUGAUGAUUGCAUUGCAAAAAAUCUGCUUAGUUAUUAUAUACUUUAUGACCGUUUUUUUUACUUUUCUGUCAGUGAGAAUGCUUGGUUUCCUGGAUACUAUAGUACCCCUAAUUAAUAUCUAUACCUAUUUUUACCUUGAAAACAGUCAGGCCUGUCAGGGUAUUCUCUCGUAACAUCAAUUAUUUGUUUAACAUGGCAUGACAUUAUUUACCGGCUACCGAGCGGGCCGGCAUCUGAAUGCAGGUUAUACCUCGCCCAUUUAAUUAUUUUUGAAUGAGUAGAGUUAGCAGUUAUUGCUGUGUUAUGCAUCUUGAUUACUUCAUCUAUAAAGAAUACAAUAUUGGUUCAUUCAAAACUUAAUCAACUCCAGCGUAAAUUAAAAGAAUAGCUCAAACUAGGAUCAGUCCCUGUGCGAGUUUAUAAGAAUCCGUGCUAGUGCCCUGAAGUUUGGUAGGAGAAACUCAAAUUUCGUGCUAAUCCUGAAGCUCCCUCAGCAACUUCGCUGCUCUAUGGUUGAAAGCUAACAUGCUUUAACUAACAUCCUUUUUUUUUUUGCUUCAACGCUGUUCAUGAAUUAUGUAACAUAGUCUCUGUUUUGGUGUUAUAACAAUUGCUAACAGUUAUAUGGUUUUUAGGUUUAAUUCGGAAUAAUCGUAUAAAUAUUUUUGUGCGUUACUUCUAUUCUAUACAUUGACAGAAAUUUAGUGCUCCUGGUGUGUGAAUCGUAUUAUUUUGAGUAUAGAUUUUUUAAUAUGUUGCUGCUUUGUUACCUUGGUCCAAUAUUCGAGUUCAAACUUAUUAUCACGUGAAUUUAAUCUCUGGUUUUCUUGCUAAUAGUUAAUGAACUUGUUCUUCAGAGGAGACUUCUGACGCGUGUCUGUGCUCGUCUGAAGUCCUAUGGAAUGUCGCGCUCCUAGGGUAUUGUUCCUGAGCGCCCCACCGCUGAGCUCGCGGUGUCUGACUGCAGGA